AUGGCAGAAUCUGAAUCGAACACUCGAUUUUCUGCUAUCUGGGCGUUGGCACUGGAGGAAUACAGGAGCGACACCAACAAGGAUCCCACCUCGACACCACUCGAGGCCGAUUCUCCCGAUGCGCUUCUCGCGGUCAUCGAUGAAAAACAACGUACUUUCAAACAUUAUCGAAGCAAGGGAGAAAAGAUCAGGAGAGUUCUCAAGCCUAUAUUAGAACUGGUACUUCUGUUCUCUGAGGCGGCCGGGGAAGGCACGGCACUGACAUUUCUACCAUCGAAAGCAAUUUUUGUCGCCAUUCGCGUACUACUUGGAGCGGCCAAAAAUGUGACCGCUAAAUAUGAUGCGAUCAUCGAUGUGUUUGAGGAGAUGGGAAAUUUCCUCGAUCGCUUGCGGGUCUAUAUGCAACAGGAUGUCACAGCACCAAUGCGGAAGAUCUUCGUCGAGAUACUAUCACAAAUGCUGAGGACGUUCGGAAUAUUCACAAAAUUUAUGAAGCGAAAUCGUCUUACUCACUACUUCAGGGGGCUCGUUGGUAUGGAUGAUGUGAAGGGCGAAUUGGAGAAGUUAAGAGGAUUGUCGAACCAGGAAAUCCAAAUGGCUACUACGGUCACCUUGGUGAACACCACAGAGAUAGUCAACAAACUUCGAGACGAGUUUGAAACAAAAAUUCGCGCGUGGCUCAGUCCACCUGACCCAUCCACAAACCACAACACAGCCUCUCACAUACGACAGAGUGGAACUGGCGAGUGGUUCGUUGGCGGAGAUGAUUUUCAAAAUUGGACGCAGGACCCCAACUCCUUUAUAUGGAUUCGUGGUAUUCCUGGCAAUGGGAAAACAGUCCUAUGCUCCAAGGCCAUCGAUACUCUGCAACACCGAUAUCACGGAGACGCAUCUGUGGCCGUCGCCUAUUUCUACUUUGACUUCAACGAUCACGCAAAGAUGCUAUUUCGUGCUGCUAUCAAUUCUCUAAUCACCCAACUCGUGGCUCAAUGCCACGGAACCAUUCCGAUUACUGUCAAGAACAUCUAUACUAGAUGCUACAAUGGCACCCAGCAGCCCAGUUACGAUGAUCUGACCAUGGUACUCAAGGAAAUGGCUGCCUGUUUUGACCGCACUUUCAUUGUGCUUGAUGCCCUUGACGAGUGUGCUGGAUUGGAACGGACGAGUCUUCUGCAAUUUUUGUCUCAAAUGAAAGACUGGGGUCUUGCGAGUCUUCGCACGUUGGUCACAAGCCGAUCGGUAUUGGAAAUCGAGGACGCCAUCGCAUCCCAAGUUGAUUGGCGACUCGACCUCCAGACUGAGGCUCGCUUCGUUAAUCAAGACAUUCAAAUGUACCUUGACAGUCUUUUGAGUCGUGAUUUUUCCCUUCGAAAGUGGGGGGCUGAAGAAAAGGCGAUGAUAAGUGAGACUCUCCUCGAGCGUGCUUGUGGGAUGUUCCAAUGGAUUCGCUGUCAACUCGAUACUUUGAGGAUGUGUGUCUCCUACGCUGACCUCGAGGCGGCCCUAGUAGGCCUUCCAAAGACGUUGGACGCAACCUAUGAACGCAUACUUCAGAAUAUUCCGGAAGAUCACCAGCCCAGAGUUCAUACAAUCCUGCAAUUUCUCUGUUUCUCUGCAUCCCCUAUGACGCUACAGGAAAUUGCUGAAGUCGUUACUAUCGAAGAGGAUUCUCUCACUGUUGCACGCUAUGAACCUCGUCGCCGACUUCGCAGUCCCGAGGACGUGCUGACACUCUGCGGAAGCUUAGUCUCACUGUCGUCGAAGACCGUGACUCGGGGCAUGUUUGGUUGGAGCACAUCACCUGUUGACCCCGCUCAUAGCUCUUUCGGGAAGAUACUGAGACCAUCCCAUUUCUCCGUACAAGAGUUUCUCAUCUCACAACGGAUACAAGCAGGCAAGGCAUGGAAUUAUGGUAUCAAUGCAGGCUUGGCACACCGAAGUAUGGGUUUGACUUGUAUUGCCUAUCUCCUGCGAUUCGAUGGUCCGGAUGGAUCAGACACUAACAGGAUGACACAUCGUGACUCUGAAGUUGCGUUGUCACCGUAUGCGUCUUGGCAUUGGAUGGAGCACUUCCAGGCAGGCGGUGCAGAGGCUUGUAUUCCUUUGCGGAAAUUAGCCUUAGAGCUUCUUCACCAUCCGCGCUGUGAACAAUUUCUUAACUGGAUCAGAGUCAAAGAUCCAGAUCCUCGUCCCAAUGACAUGACGCAGUUCUCCUCGGAGCGCGAUACAGAGGAAACCCCCAAUCCACUGUAUUAUUCUGCCUUAUACGGAUGGGUCGAGAUUUCACGGCAUUUGCUAGGACAAGGCGCAGACAUAGGGGCGAAAGGAAGCACCUUAGGAAAUGCUUUACAGGCAGCGUCUUAUGGUGGUCACGAAGGUGUUGUCAAUAUACUAUUGGACAGGGGAUUAGACGUCAAUGUGUGCGGAGGGGACUACGGGAACGCGCUACAGGCAGCGUCUCACAAAGGCCAUGAACCUGUUGUAUCGGUGCUAUUGACUCGAGGCGCGCACGUCAACGCGCAAGGAGGAUAUUUUGGAAAUGCACUUCAAGCGGCCGCGGCGGGUGGCCACGAGUCCAUCGUCCGUUUGCUUUUAGGACGAGGCGCAAGUGUAGAUUCGCAGGAAGGGUGUUUUGGAAAUGUGCUGCAGGCAGCGGCUUUCGCAGGCAGCACGGUCAUAGUGAGGCUCUUGUUGGAGAGGGGCAUGGACGUCAAUAUGUUCGGAGGAGAUUUUGGAACAGCGUUGUAUGCGGCAUCUUGUUGUGGUCAUAAAGAGACAGUGCAGUUGCUAAUAGAAAGAGGAGCAGAUGUCAACGCCGAAGGAGGGGACAAUUGUCGGUAUGCCCUACACGCCGCGGCGCUGAGAGGCCAUAUAGACGUUGUACAGCUACUUUUGGAGGGGGGUGCAGAUGUAGACGCGGAGGAUCCAGGAGGAAACGGAACUGCACUUGGCGCAGCCAGAUAUAUAGGAGACGAAGAAAUAGUCCAACUCCUCAUCGCCAACGGCGCC